AUGAGUGGCCGCGUCCCGCUGGCAGAGAAAGCUCUGUCUGAAAGCUACGCCCGGCUCCGGUACCGGGACACCUCCCUGCUCAUCUGGCAACAGCAGCAGCAGAAGCUGGCAUCCACGCUGCCCGGGACGUACCUGAGCAGGAGCCGAAGCAUGUGGUACUCACAGUACGGGAACGAGGCCAUCCUCGUCCGGGACAGAAAUAAGCUGGACGUCUCGCGGGACACGGGGCAGUCCAAGUUUUGUUCUAUAAUGUAA